AUGUUAAUUACACCAUACAAAAUGGUUUCUCCGAAUCCAACAGACUUAUAUCGCUUUUGUGAUCUUGUAAUGGAGUCAGUUGUAGAGAUGAGUCCACCCUCGUAUGAUCUACCUUGGCUUCCCGGGUUUGAAGAAUGUAAAACAGACUAUGAACGUGUCAAAAAGUUUAUGUCAAUGCCAUUUCUUAGACAAUUUAAAAUCUCAAUCUCUGACCAAUCAUCAGCUGUGAAAAAUAAUUCCAUUGCUAAACAAAAACGUGAACAGGGAAAUGAAGCAUGGCGUAUUAAUAAUUUAUCUUUAGCUCUUCGUUACUACACUGAAGCGAUUUUCUUUGCCAGCAGUUCUGAAGAAAAAGCUCUAGGCUAUGGUAAUCGGUCAUGUGUUUUAAGUCGUAUCGGUGUUCAUGAAGCAGUAUUACAAGAUAUUGAUCUGGCUAUUAAAUAUAAUUUCCCUAAAGAUCGUCGUCCACGUCUAUUUAUACGUCGUGCACAAAGUCUUAUUUCGCUGAAACUCUUUAAAGAUGCAUUAACUGAAUUCAAUAACUGUGUAGAAUAUAUGAAAUCUGAAAAUUUAACUAUUCCAAAUAAUUUAAAUGAAAUGAUGCAAAAGGGAAUAAAAGACUGUUCAACUAUAAAAAAAAAGAAUAAUAUCACAGAUCAUAAUUUGCAUCCAAGCAUUUUUCGCUCUCUCCAUUUACAAGAUCCACCAGCUGUGAAAUUAAAUUAUAAUGAUGAAUUUGGUUGGCAUAUCGUAGCGACAAAAAAUAUUCAGCCAGGUGAACUUCUCAUACUAGAUAAACCGUAUUCUUGUAGACUUCAUUACAAUAGAUUAUUACUCAAUUGUUAUCGUUGCUCUAAACGAUGUAUCAAUCCUAUACCCUGCCGUAAUUGUACUCAGGUUGGUUUUUGUAGUGAAUUGUGUGAACAAGAGGCUUGGAAUCCAGUAUGGAUUGAUAUUAACACAUCAUUGCCUUUAGAGUCGACAGCUGAUUUAUCUUUACCGUGCCAUCGUUUCGAAUGUGGACUUGUUGAUCGACUGAUUAUAGAAGAUUAUGCUGGUUGGAAACGAUUACGCAGUAAAUCGUCAAAUGACUUGACAGUAUCAAUAAAGAAAUUGAAGUCAUUCAUUGAUAAAUUAUCUGAUGACGAUGUAAUUGGUGGACCGAAUAUUUCAUGGCUUGCAUUUUCUCUUUUAACUAAAACUGCUCCAAAUAUUUUGAAUAGAUUAAUCAAGAUUUCCUUAAAUAAAUUAAUUUAUCAAAUUGAUGAAAGCCCAGUAAAUAAAGAAGAAUUAUCAUCAUUUACUGGUAAUCGUGUUAUUCCACAACAAAAUUGGGAUGAUUAUACAACUGUUGAUUGGCUGAUAACAAAUUCAAUUAAACGUAAAACUAGCGAUUUAUGGCAACGGACUGUUGUAGCUGUUUAUUUAACUUUUUGUCUUGAAGCCGGUGGUUAUCCAAUUACCAGAGACGUUGAUGAUAAUAGUCAAUUGGAUUGUACACUACUGCCAUUUGAUUGGGCAUCUACAUGUAUAUUGCAUCAUCUUCAAUGUAUCUCAUCUAAUGGUCAUUCAUUAUCAUUACCUGAAUAUAUUUUUACAGAAAAUACUACAACUGUUCAUAAUAAUAAUACUAGUGAUAAACAACAAAAAAUACCCGUUUUGUCAUUAAUCAAUCAUUCAUGUGAUCCAAAUAUUACCAAUGUAACAGUUGAUAAAUUUCAAUGUGCGAUUUAUUCAAUCCGACCUAUUAAACAAAAUGAAAUUAUUUAUGGAAAUUAUGGUUUGCAUUAUGCAGUACAUUCUCUUAAUGAACGUCAAAGCUCAUUACAAUCGCAAUAUCAUUUUCACUGUGUAUGUCAAGCAUGUAUAGAGAAUUGGUCACCUCUCGUUACAACUACUAAUAGUAUAGCUAAUAGUAAUAAGGAUUUCCAAUUAAAAUGUAUUACGUGUUCUGGUCUAAUUAAUUUUGGUACAGUAACAACAUUAUUGGAUAGUGAUAAUAAGUCAUCAUUAAAAAAUAUCCACUAUUGUCAAUGUAGUCAACCGAUCCAAUUGAAGUCAUUGAGUAAAUUUCAAAAACUUGUUUACAAUGAUUUAUACAAUAAAUUUAAUACUAUACCAUUAACAUUUCAAAAAACUUCACCGAAGAAAAUGACAAAUAAAUUUUUAAAUAAGUUUAUUGUUUAUACUAAACAAAUGUUAGAUACAGAACAUUUAUAUAGUAUACUUCAACGACCUUGUACUACUUUAGAUUGGUUACAAGAAAUGCUUAAACAGUUGCUUAAUCUUCAACACUCUGGUUGGUCAUAUGAAAGUAAAAUAAUUCGAUCAGCAUUUUAA